GAACGUUUCAAAAGACCGCGUCGUAGAGUAUAAUUGCUAAUCACUUCUUCUUCCGCUUUAGGUUUUCUUCAAACUCCCUCUUUCUCCUUAGAGCUCCAACAAAACGGCGACCGACUGUCUGCGAAGAGAAGAUGGCGGCGCCGGAAGCUCCAGUCAAGUACGUCGGAAUCCUGAAGGAAUCCGCCGCUUUCCGCCUAAUGAAAUCAAUGGGAUGGGAAGAAGGAGAAGGACUAGGUAAAGAUAAGCAAGGGAUUAAAGGCUAUGUCCGAGUCAAAAACAAACAAGAUACAACGGGUGUUGGUGUUGACAAGCCGAAUCCAUGGGCAUUCGAUACUACUCAGUUCGAUAACAUUCUCAAGAAGUUGAAAGUGGUUAGUGUUUCUUUUUUUUCUUCUGGUCUCUUUGAAAAUCAAAUGGAAGUGAUUUCAGUUUCUUUUGUUUGUGUGUGUUAUUUGCAGCAAGCAGCUCCUAGCAAGAAAGAUGAUGCUGAAAGUGAAGAUGAAGCUGUCAAAUCUGAACCUGCCGUGUCCAAGGUUGCUAAAGUUACUCGUCCACAAGGAAGGUAUAAACGUAGAGAGAAGGGGAAGCUUGUCAAUUCUUACUCUUCUAAAGAUCUUGAAGGAAUACUUGUUAAGCGAACUGAGGAUCCUUCUCCUGCAGUCUGUGACAUUGCUGAUACUAUGGAGAUUGAAAUUAUAUCUGAAGACCAACAUGCUAGUGUAAAAGAACAGAAAAUUGAAGAACCUUCUUCAGACUGGUGGGGAUUUAAAUCCGGGUUUGUCUCGGGUGGUCUUCUUGGAGCCAAGUCUGGCAAGAAAAAAUCAUCGAAGUCUAACGAGAGAAAAAUGUUUUGUGAGGACGAUCAAGAGAAUCUUUACAACAUGGUUCAGGAUAAAGCCACAGCUGGAAAACAAGGACUUGGUAUCAAAGACCGUCCAAAGAAGAUAGCUGGUGUUCGUUACCAAGGGAAGAAAACAUCUUUUGAUAACAGUGAUGAUGAUGAUGAUGAUGAUGAUGAAGAGGAAGAAGAAGAGAGUGAAGAGGAUGAUGACAAGGACUCUGUUAUCGAAAAUUCUCUCCCAGCAAAAAGGAAGCGAGAAGAAAGUGAAGAAGAAGAAGACAACAAGGACUCUGUUAUUGAAAACUCUCUCCCAGCAAAAAGGAAGCGUGAUGAAAUCAUUGAGCCUAAAAUCAAGUUAAAGAACCUAUGCAAGCAGAUUCUUAAAAAGGUCGCUGGUAGUAGCGGAUCAAUGAAGCUGAAACAGCUUAAAUCUAUGAUUGAUGAACAAGCACCAUCAAUUCUCUCAGAGUUCUCUUCAAGGAAAGAUGCUAUUGCUUACUUGAAACUUAAGCUGGAGCGAAGUGAGAAGUUUAUUGUGGAGGGAAAGAAAAUCAGUCUCGUAUCAAAAAAGAAGUGAGUGAGGACAAAUAUCACUAUACCUGCCUGCGUAGGAAAGUGGAGAUUAGGGCAAGUUUUGUUACUAAUCAACAUCAGUAUGUAUAACAAGUAUCAUCCUUUAAUUUUUUUUUUUUGAUGUGUUUUAUUAUCUAUUAAUACAUUAUAUGAGAGUUAUGCAUACAAACUCCACAAUAAUCUCUUCUAUUUAAGAACA